GACAGAGACACAGGGAGAUAGGGGCGAUGGCCGCCGAUGGUGUAUGCGGGGAAUCGGUGGAUCAGUACCGGGCCGAGUUGGAGCGGCUCACCCAGGAACUGGCGGAGGCGAACCGGGAGAAGAUCCGGGCUGCGGAGUGCGGUCUUGUUGUCCUGGAGGAGAACCAGGCGCUGAAGCAGAAGUAUGCAGACCUGGAGACCGAGCAAGAGACUCUCAGGAAAGAGCUGGAACAAUUACAGGAGGCGUUCGGCCAGGCUUACACCAACCAGCGUAAGGUUGCAGAGGAUGGGGAGACCAAUGAGGAGACGUUGCUGCAGGAGUCAGCCUCUAAGGAGGCCUACUACAUGGGCCGACUUUUGGUGCUGCAGAAGGACGUGACGCUAAGCCGUUCUGUGGCGUCCAACGCCCAGGCCGAGAACGAGAGGCUCAAUGAACUCGUGCAGGACCUACGAGAGAGUAACGAGAUGCUGGAGCUACAGAGGAGUCGAAUGAGGGAUGAGGUCAAGGAGUACAAGUUCAGAGAGACCAGGCUGCUUCAGGACUACACAGAGCUGGAGGAGGAGAACAUCACGCUGCAGAAACUGGUGUCCACGCUCAAGCAGAGCCAGGUAGAGUAUGAGGGACUGAAACAUGAAAUUAAGGUACUGGAGGAGGAGACUGUUCUCCUCAACAGUCAGCUUGAAGACGCGUUACGUCUGAAGGACAUUUCUGAGGGUCAGUUGGAGGAGGCCUUGGAUGCCCUCAAGAGUGAGCGCGAGCAGAAGAACAAUCUGAGAAAGGAACUGGCCCACUACAUCAGCCUGAGUGACAGCGCCUACGGGGCAGGGGCCCAUCUGGCGUUCACCGUCACUGGCGUGGAGGGCCUCAAGUUCCCUGAGGAUGCUGCUAACGGCAACAACGAGGACAGCAACCGCCGCAAUGGCCACGUUCACACAGGCACCGGAUUGGCUAAAAUGAACGGGGAAUACCGACCAGGCCGGAAAGGAGAAGGCCUGCACCCCGUGCCGGACCUGUUCAGUGAGCUCAACCUGUCGGAGAUGCAGAAGCUCAAACAGCAGCUGCUACAGGUGGACUGCGAGAAGUCGGCGCUGCUCAUGAACCUGCAGGAGUCACAGACCCAGCUGCAGCACACACAGGGCGCCCUGAGUGACCAGAACGAGCGAGUCCAUCGCCUCACGGAGCACGUCAACGGCAUGAAAUGUCUCAACAGAGACAAGGAGCGUGAUGACCCACAGGAGAGUGAGAAACCUGAUGGUGGCUCCUUAUCACCACCAUCCAAUGGCCAUCGUGAUCCCGAUAUCCAUGGCUUUGAGAUUUUGGAGUGUAAGUACAAGGUGGCAGUGACGGAGGUGAUCGACCUGAAAGCAGAGCUCAAAGUACUGAAGGAGAAGUACAACCAGGCUGUGGAGGAGCAGGGAGACAGCCACAGUGACGACCGGGUCCAGGCACUGAGUGAACAGGUAACUAAUUUGGAGCAUAGUCAUCGUGAUAGCCGGGAGAGGGUGUCGAGCCUGGAGGCAGAACUUCGAGCAGCCGCGAGCACAGCCUCAGAGAGCCAGGGCAUGCUGAAUACAGCACAGGAUGAGCUGGUAACCUUCAGCGAGGAACUGGCACAGCUCUACCACCACGUCUGUCUGUGCAACAAUGAGACACCCAACCGCGUCAUGCUGGACUACUACCGCCAGAGCCGUGUCACACGCAAUGGCUGCCUAAAAGGCUGUGACGACCAUCGGGCUUUGCUCUCGCCUCGUCUGGCACGACGCCUCGCUGCAGCAUCUGCGGCCUGCUCCUCCGAGGCCCAACGCAGUCCCAUGGACUCUCCAUCCAAAGACGGCCAUCACAAUGAGAAAACAACCAACACAGGGGACUCUCCAUCAUGUCACAGCAGCCCCACCCGCAACCCCACGGGCUCCCCAGUCAUCAGCAUCUCUCCUUGCCCAUCUCCAGUGCCCUCAGAAGCAGGUGGAGACCUGCGGAAGGAGCCCAUGAAUAUCUACAACCUGAACGCCAUCAUCAGAGAUCAGAUUAAACACCUUCAGAAGGCUGUGGAUCGCUCACUGCAGCUGUCCAGGCAGAGGGCUGCAGCAAGGGAGCUGGCGCCGAUGCUUGACAAGGACAAGGAGUUGUGCAUUGAGGAGAUACUCAAACUGAAGUCCCUGCUAAGUACCAAGAGAGAGCAGAUAGCCACACUCAGGCUGGUGCUGAAGGCCAAUAAACAGACAGCAGAGGGUGCACUGGCAAAUUUGAAGAGCAAGUACGAGAAUGAAAAGACGAUGGUGACGGAGACCAUGAUGAAGCUGAGGAACGAGUUGAAGGCUCUGAAAGAAGAUGCCGCCACCUUCUCGUCUCUCAGGGCCAUGUUUGCCACAAGAUGUGAUGAGUACGUCACCCAGCUGGAUGAGAUGCAGAGGCAGCUGGCGGCAGCAGAGGAUGAGAAAAAGACGUUGAACUCCCUCCUCCGUAUGGCCAUCCAGCAGAAACUGGCCUUGACCCAACGGCUGGAGGAUCUGGAGUUUGACCACGAGCAAACUUACCGUGGCCGUGGCGCUAAAGUGCCCAGGAUAAAAAGCAGCCCGCCCAAAUUUCUUGUAGAUUGUCAGCAGCCUGCUGCCUCAGUACCGUCACUCUCCCCACAACUAAGGCAAGGGAGAGCCUCCCUAGCCCGCAGUCCUAAAUAUUUGGCAGACCUACAGGAACACCGGGCAGUCCUGUUCAGCAGCAAUAGCCUUCUCUCCCCCCACGACGUUCGUAUCUGUCUGGCCCAGCAACCCAAGCCCCCUGGCACCUAACCCGCUGCUCCAGGCCAGGCCUUGGUCUGAUAGGAGUCAUGCAGAGACAAAGACAAUCUGGAUAGGGGUUCCCUCAGUUUAACUCCCCCCAGCAGUCCCACCUGGUGCUUACUGACCUCUUUGACCCGCCUUAAGCUAUGCAUGGUCCUGCCUUUGGCAGGCCUCUACCUGGUUACCUAGGUCGCAGAAGAAGAGCAGGAUGCUCUCUUCUUCUCUGAAAGUGACAUCCUGUCCUGACAAUAACUGAACUGAGGCGCAAAAUGAGUGACAAAUCACGGGAAUCUUCUCCCUUAUUCGUAUGAGUAUUUAUUUAUAAUUUAUGUACUCUAUUGAUUAUUUAUUUACAUAUUGAUUUGUGAUAAGUUUCUGAGAUAUUUAUUACUGGAAUGUUUUUUCUGUGUUUGUUGGUCAUUGUUGAAUAUGGAAAUCAAGAGGUGUUUUACUGCUGUGGUGAAGACGUCAUUAAUCACAGACUAUCUAACACAUUCAAUACUGUACAUGGCCGGUACUCCUGAAAAACCAAUGCAACUAAAACCAGAACUGCAAAAGUUCUUACUGGUCUUGUGAAGGUUUAAAACUGGCCUAACCAUACGGCAUUUGAAAUGUUAGAUUUUGUCGGUAUUAUAAUAACCAAAACAUAUGUAUGCCACUUUUACAUAGGAGUGUAGAGUACAUUAGGUUUGACAUUGCAAACAGACUAAUGAAGAAAAUUGUUCCUUGUGGUGGUGAUGGGGGGAUUUCAGCUACCUUUCUAACGUCUUUAGUCUUUCUUGGGAUGCUUGUGUUUUUUUUAUACAAAGAUUUUUUUGCAAAUCAUAUACCAUUUUAUACCUCCUAUUAUUUGUAUUUAUUUUUACAGCAGACUAGUGACAUGGUUUUCUGUUAUGUAGCUUCAGAGACUGGGAGAGACAACAGACUGAAAGUUUGAGAUCAGGACUAGAGCUGUUGGUCUGGGUUUUUUGCCUUUUGAAUUUCACAGGUUUAAGUGACCAUGGAGGGAACUGACUUCCAUCUUUUAAACAUUAGUUAAGAGCAGAGGAUUCCCCAAAGGUGGGCCUCUUCUGGAGUUACCAUCAGUCUAAUGUCAACAUUGUAUUCACAAUAAAGUAUUCUCUGUCUUCUCUCUGUCACUAUAUUGGCCACAACCCCAGAAAACUGUCAUUAUCGCCAUUAGUUCUUCCUACUUUGAAAAUGACAGAAAUGACAUGUUGAAUAUCGCAAGCUACACUUGUCUGUCAUCGUAACAUCUCCACGUUUAGCUGUCCCUACAUGCUUCCUCCAAACAGUAUGCAGUACUGUCCAAGCACAAUUAUGCUCUAUGCAUUAUAGCAAUACAGUAGUGCCGGUCAUAGACUGAUCUGAUUAAGAUUUACUCAAUCUUUUAACCAUUUCCAUCAUCAUGAACUAGCCAGCAGGAUGACAAGAAAGGCAAUACAGCAGGAUUGUUCCCAACUUUUUCAGAAAAAAUGGGCACACAAUCGAGAUAUUGUUUCUUUUUGAAAUACUGUUCUGAUCACAGAGGGGCAAAGUCGGACUGAGAUGGAUGUAAUGUGUGACGUUUAUUAUUACAUUAAUGAAGCUACAUCUCUUUGUCUUUAUACACUCAUGUCUUAAAUGUUCUCCUCGCUGCACUGAAUACAUACUUUUGCCAGAUGGAUAUGAAACAGAUAAACUGAUACUACAUAGCCAGUAUAGUGUUGUAAUGCCAGAUAAAAGCAUUUCUGCUACAUCAGCGAUGAAUAAGUGGACUCUUUCUCUUCUCCAUGUGUGUACAUUUGUCUUUCUUAACAGUGUAGAUUGUUACUUUUGCAACUACGGAGUGAUGAAAAAAUAUUUGUGGUCCAAAAGUAGCUUCUGAACCCACACAGGCUCAUUGGUGACCUAACUCUUUGUUUGCACAAUAUAGCAGUGGAUGGAGAGAGACUGAUCCGAUGAAAGACAAAAAGAAGCAAUGUGGUUUAAAAAGAACAAUAGCUUUACUCCAGUGGGUUUAACAGUUUCUCCUCCAUUUAAAAACAGUGUUUAAUUGCUUUCACAAGUAAAUAAAAGACCUGUCCUUGGAUUUGUAUGUAA